AUGCUUUCCACUCUUAGAGUCGCCAGCCGGUCGGCUGCCUCCCGCGAGGCCAACAUGCGCACCGUGGUGACCGGAGCUAGACACGCCUCGGCCUGGUCCAACGUUCCCCAGGGUCCUCCUGACGCCAUUCUCGGCAUCACCGAAGCUUUCAAGGCCGACUCCUUCAAGGAGAAGAUCAACCUCGGCGUGGGUGCCUACCCCUUACGUCCUUCCUCCGUCCGCGCCGCUGAGGACAAGGUCGUCGCAUCGCGCUUGGACAAGGAGUACGCUGGCAUCACCGGUGUGCCCACUUUCACCACUGCCGCCGCCGAGCUCGCCUAUGGCGCCGACUCCUCCGCCAUCAAGGACAACCGCCUCGUCAUCACCCAGACCAUCUCCGGUACCGGUGCCCUGCGCAUUGGCGGUGCUUUCCUCAAGCAGUUCUACCCCGGCGCGAAGAAGAUCUACCUCCCCAACCCCAGCUGGGCUAACCACAAGGCUGUCUUCUCCGACUCCGGUCUCGAGGUCGCCCAGUACCGCUACUACAACAAGGACACCAUCGGCCUCGACUUCGAGGGUCUGAUUGCCGACAUCAAGGCCGCCCCCGAGGGCAGCAUCAUCCUGCUCCACGCUUGCGCCCACAACCCCACCGGUGUCGACCCUAACCAGGCCCAGUGGCGCCAGAUCAGCGAUGUCAUGAAGCAGAAGGGCCACUUCGCCUUCUUCGACAUGGCCUACCAGGGCUUUGCCAGCGGUAACGCCGACCAGGAUGCCUUUGCUCCUCGUCACUUCGUCAAGGAGGGCCACAACAUCGCUCUUUGCCAGAGUUUCGCCAAGAACAUGGGUCUGUACGGCGAGCGUGUCGGUGCUUUCUCCCUCGUUUGCGAGAACGCCGAGGAGAAGAAGCGUGUCGAUUCGCAGAUCAAGAUCCUCAUCCGCCCCUUCUACUCUAACCCUCCCAUCCACGGUGCCCGCAUCGCCUCCACCAUCAUGAACGACCCUGCUCUUAACAAGCAGUGGCUCUCUGAGGUCGAGGGCAUGGCUAGCCGCAUCAUCGAGAUGCGCUCUCCUCCGCACCAACCUCGAGAAGCUCGGCAGCAAGCACGACUGAUCGGCAUGUUCGCCUACACUGGCCUGAAGCCUGAGCAGAUGGACGCCCUUGCCAAGGAGCACUCCGUCUACGCUACCAAGGAUGGCCGUAUCUCCGUCGCUGGUAUCACCUCCGCCAACGUUCAGAGACUCGCCGAGUCCAUCUUCAAGGUUACCGGUUAA